UGGUUUUAUUGAAAUUGUAAAAAUUAAAAUGUAAAUAUGUAAAUAUUUGUAUAAAGUAACGUGAAUUACAAUUGAUAUUGAAUAUUCAAAAACAGUUUUUAGAUCAUGCCUAAGUAUUGAUAUUCCUAAAUAAGUUUUGAGAAAUGUAUGGAAGUCUUUGCUGAAUUGAAAGCAAUCUAAGUCAGACUGUUCAUCACAUAAUGAUAGGAAAAAUCUCGUAGAUAAAAAUGAUAUGUUAUCAGUAAAAACUUGAUAUACAUAUGUACAUAUACAGUGUGCGACUAAACUUAAUCACGGAAUCUACAUUGUCGUUAUUUAAGUGAAUAAAAUCAUAAAGUAGGAAUUAAAUUAUUUGUUUUUAUUUUUUAUAUUAUUAGGACAUUCAUUAUUCUUAUUAAAUUAAUAAAAAUUAAACAAAUUAACUCACUAAAAUAUAAAGAAAAAUUUAUAUAUGAUGACAAAACUAAAGCCCAUGGCUGUGAUUUCUAACUGUACACAUUAAUUUUUUUUUGCCUUUUUUAUUAAUCAGCAAAUGUUGGAUAUGUGUGGUUAUUAGCUAAAUAGAAAAAAAUUAGUGCAUAUUUAGUUCCAAUCCGUUAUUCAGUGAGGUUGCUUGUAUACUAAAGUGAAAACCGAUUUCGCACAUCAGACUCUUUAGUUCAGGUGUAAGGCCGCGGAAAAUAACCAAAGAAGAGGAUAGGCAGUCAUUCGGGCAAUAAAAAAUAACCCUUUUAUAUUCUGCAACAUCUAUUGCAAGGCAAUUACGGUGAAAUAUGUCGCAGAGAUCCAUACAACGUCGAGACGUGAAAAUUGUAAAAAUAAUGACGCUUUAUUAAUACAAAUAAAGGAAGCAUGGAAAAGUAUUUCCGGCGACACAUUAAAUAAAUAAUUUGAGUCCAGUUCGUAUUUUAGUUUUGCCGCACCAGAAUUUUGGAGUUUUUCAUAUAUGAAUUUUUCUUUAUUUUUUAAUGAGGUAAUUGGUUUAAUUUUUAUUAAUAUAAUAAGAAUAAUGAAUGUCCUAAUAAUAAAAAAUAAAAACAAAUAAUUUAAUGCUUUAUGAUUUUAUUCACUUAAAUACCGACAAGGUAGAUUCCGUGCUUUAGUUUUGUCGCACAAUGUAUGUGUAUUCAUAUUUGAUACAUUUUUUUCUUUGACAUUUGUGAAUGCAUAAGUAUAGAUAUAGAUUCGGACCAUAGAGAGAGGUGUUCGAUGAUUAGGUUUUAUCUCAGCUCAAAGUACAGUUUUUUGAUUUGUCUCACAUUUGUAAACAAAACAAUUGUGUCUUGUCUGGUUAGACCCGUUAUUAGUUUUUUUAUGCUAUUGAUUAUAACCUUCGCUAAGAUACUAUUAAUAAGUCUCUUUCCACUUGUCCGUUGUUGUUUUUGGGCCUAGCCUUUUAAACUCUUUCCUUUAUAUAAGCCCAAAGGUUUUUAAUGGUUUUGAGGUCAGGAGAUCGAGCUGGCUAGUCUAUAACCUCAAUUCCUUUGACCCGAAAUCACUCCUGUGAAAGCCUAUUGUUGUGUUUUGGGCCAUUGUCCUGGUGAAGACUAAUUUUAGCGGGAUGAUGGUACGCCUCUGUACGAGAAACAUCACCACACCAUUAUACUUGACCCACUAUGUUUAAAGCUUUCGUGGUGUAUCAUGGGUCAUACUCUGUAUUAAGGGAAGUCACAUAUACUGUCGAGACCCUUUCCUGCCAUAAAUAAUAAUUUUCGACUCUUCAAUCCAAAGUACGUUCCUACAUUUUUCCAUUGGCCAGGUCAGAUGUUCCUGUGCAGGCUUUACGAGAGCUACGAGCAUACAAAUUAUCCUCCGUUCAAAAAUUAAAAAAAGCUUGUAUAGCUUACUAUUUAUGUGCAUUAAAAACUAUUACCUUGACGGGAAAUCAAAUUUUUUUCCAAGUUUUUUGAUCACUACUAUUUUUUUGCUCGCUGAGAAUUAUAAACAUCGCAAUGCUAUGUAUAUUCAUAUUUAUAUAGUCAACCGACAUAUGGAAAUUUUGUAAUUCUAUAUGAAAGUCCUAAAAGUAGUUCGGGGAAUACCGCUAAGGGAUAUACCUACUUAUGUUGCAUUUCGUAUUAAGAAACAAUGUUGUGACUUUAUUAUCAUUCAACACUGUUGACUUGUGCACAUGUUUUUGAAAUUGUAACGUAGGCAACACUGAGUCGUUUCAUUUCAAUAAUGUCAGAAACAUUUUGCUGGCCGACUGUUCUCUGCUUGAGGAACAUUGUGAUUAGUGAAACGGGGCGAAAGUUAAACGGCGACUGACUUAUUUAAUGAUAUGUCAAAAAUUUUGUUCGCUAAUUUGUGGCAGAAAUAAAUAAAAUAUACCAAGUGAAAAUUGUGUAGAAUUAUUAACGAAGUGAAUGUAUGUAGACAAUUCUUGAAAUUGUAAUUAAAUUCCUUCGAAAUACGUGUAGGCAUUUGAUUGAAAUCUGAUUUGAUGAAGUGAAAAAAGUGGUAGCUACAUCGCAGCAAGGCUAUGUAGAGAAGAAAAAAGAAAUUUUGUAUGAAAAGGAAAAUGAAAAUAUUCGCUUAUUGCUAAAUAUUUUGCAGCUAUCAUCUUUUUGCAUUGUAUGCAUUUGAAUAAAGUGCGUUUUGAGAGAAAAAAUUGUAAUUCGGUAAAGUAAAAUGAAUAUAAAGAAAAUUAGAAAUAGAAACAACACAUACGAGGAAAUUUAGAGACUACGAAAAAUAGCACGUACAUAAAGAGGAUAAAAGUUGGACAAGCGAUAAUUUGAAGGGAUAAGCGACAAAGAAAGAUAAGGCAAUUGAACAAAAGAGAACUAGAAUUAAGUCAUUCAAACGAGGCAGCAACGUUGCCAGCGAUUGCGGUAGCAGUUUUUCGACACCAACGUUGGCACCGCGACGUUGACGACAAAUUUCUACCGAUCAAGCGGAAAAGGUUGAAGUAACAUAACGACUAGGGAAACAGAAAACUUGGACGUCGACAACACGACGAAGGCGGUGGCCGUCAGUCGUCAACUUCUGUUUCGACAAUGAAUAGUAUACUAAUUUAAUAUCAGCAAUUAAAGUAAAAAUACUACAACGAAGAGGUUCGAAAUAAAAUAAAAACAAAUAAUCUUGUUAAGUGUAUCUAUUAAAUUUUUAAAUAAAUAAAGCGCGCACUUGAACGUACAUAUUGUGCGUAAGUGCGUGCGUCAAGACGGUCAGUCAAGCGGGGCGACGGUAUAGCUAUUUGAUAAAAGUGAACGUUCUGAAGUUUACAAAUAUCGCACAAUAUGGAAUAUCUAUGGGCUGGCGGUUAUGUAUAUAUGAAUGGAGAUGCAGUCAAGUUACAACCACCUGUUGCAAACACAAUAUACGCUCAUGUACCCGUUGAAACAGCGAUGCUAGCCACGACUAAUCUUUACGGGCCAACAACGCAAUUGGCAGCACCAGCCACAACACAUAUUCCUUUAAUAGCAACCACAGGACCGCAACCACCACAUCCACAAGCUUUGCAAGUAGCUGCUGCACCCCCACCAAGUCAACACCAACACCAACAUCAGCACACACAAUUAAUAUCGCAUACUCAUCCACACGCACAUACACAUUCACAUAGUGCAGCUGUCGCUGCUGCUGCUGCUGCCGCCGCCGUAGCCGGUCCGCACACACAGCAACCUCCUAGUGCUGGCGCAUCUCUACAAACGGUGCCCACUGCCACGCAUCAGACCGCACAUUUACAAUACGCUCAUCAACCACAAACCGUGGCACAGGUUGCUACUGGCGGACCAGCCGUAACAUCAAUUGAUAGUGCAGAGUACGCAGCCGCCGUCAUGAAUGGCACAAUUGCACAGGACGGCUCUACCGUCUGUUACGCGCAACAGGAGGAAUUGUCCGGUGUAGCGGCUGGAACGAAUUUAAUAGCGGUCGAUGUUUCGAUGGCGGGAACUCCUACUUCGGUGGGCACUCAUCAAACACAACAACAUUCUCUUGGUAUAAGUAAUGGUCCGCAUCAACAACACCAGUCACACCAGCAUCUAAACAACAAUACUAACUCGGUAGACAACUCCGGCAUACCGUUAGAUCAGCUAAAACAAAUGCUAUCCACACAAUUAGAAUACUAUUUUUCCAGAGAGAAUUUAGCCAAUGACACUUACUUGUUAACACAAAUGGAUAGCGAUCAGUAUGUGCCUAUUAUUACUGUGGCUAAUUUUAAUCUUGUAAAGAAGCUUACCAAGGAUAUAAAGCUCAUUACGGAGGUUCUUCGAGAGUCUCCAAAUGUGCAAGUAGACGAGGAUGGAUUGCGUGUGCGCCCAAACCAUAAACGUUGCAUUAUUAUCUUGCGAGAAAUUUCCGAAAAUACGCCUGUAGAAGAAGUAAAGAACAUUUUCAAUAACGAAAAUUGCCCACGUGUCAUAUCAUGUGAAUUUGCGGGCAAUAAUUCAUGGUAUAUAACUUUUGAAUCAGACGAAGACGCCCAAAAGGCCUUUAAAUAUUUGAGGGAGGAUGUAAAGAUGUUCAAGGGAAAGCCAAUAAUGGCUAGGAUGAAGGCGAAACCCUUUAUAAAUCGGCUGCCAAUAGCGCCGGUUGCACCCUUGAAAAAUGGGUUUCGAAUAACCUCGCCGCCAGCCGCGGUAUAUGAUCCUAAUGCAGCAGCGACUGCCGUAGCAUACAAUACAGCUCCCCAACGAUUUGUAUAUGCUACGAAUGGUGCCGCAAUGACACAAGCUUCGGUACCUUACAAUGCUCCCGUUAUAUUUCAAUCUUUCCAACAGCAACAAUUCUAUCCUGGUAUUGUUGCAACAACACCGUGGCCACCGGCGGCUGCUGCGGCAGUAGCAGCAGCCGCUACCACAGCACACGGGCAAAACUUUUAUGAAUUAGGAAAUGUGUUUGCCACUAAUGGCUUGACACCACAAGCUGCUGUGCCCACGGCGUACACAACAUCUGCUCCACAACAAUCUGCUACGCCAUUGCCGGCGUCAUCGAAAGGGCAAAGCGGCGGCGGUCGCUAUAAUAACCAUCGCAAUAACACUAGCAGUGCUGGUGGUGGUGGUCGCAACAAGUUGCGUAGCAACACUGCACAACAACAACAAUCACAACCCUUACCGGGUAUGAUCACUACUCUUGGUAAUGUCGUUGGUAGUUUAGUUAGCGUUGUACCAACAAUAAUGGACCCGCACCAACAGCAACAACAAUCGCAGCAGCAACAAAAUCAACAGCCUCAGCAUCAAAUGCAACAACAGCAGACGACUUCAAGUCAAGUGCAACAGCAGCAGCAAGUUCAGCAAUCACAACAACAACCACAAAAUAAUUCAAGGCAUUACAAUAGUAUGAAAAAUAGUGGAGGUGGCAUUAAUAAAUCAUCUAUGGAUAAGCCCUAUGGUGGAGGCAGCAAUAUGUCGAGUCACAUACAUUACGGAACUCAAACACAAGCGAGCGCUGGCCCUUCCCAUCACCAUGCGUCGUCCCAGCAGCAACAGCAAACGAAUGCUGUUACUGCUGGUUCACAUAACACAACACAAAAUCACUACCAAUUGCCUUCCGCGACCGCAGCAGUAGCGGCUGCCGCAUCUACAAAUUUACAACAUUCUUCCUUUACGCAUGCUACUCCAACCGUAUCGGUGCAGCAACAGCAUCACCAUCAUCAGCAACAACAAGCACAUUUGCAUGGUCAACAUGUUGCUGAACUGCAAGACGAUGGCGGUGUGUUAGGUAUGGGUGCUAGUGGUGAGAUGGUUCAACAACAGCAGCAUCAGCAGCAAUCAUCUCAUCCUCAUCAACAGCAACAGCACAGCAGAAGUAAUCUGUCUAGUUCAACAUCGUCGCUGGCGACGUCGUCGUCUCUUGGUGUCGGUGUGGUGGGGAAGGAGCCGCCAAUGCAUUGGACUCAGCCGCGACAUCGUCGUCGGAGACGUGAUGACGACGGCAGCGUUAUGACAUAUACGCCAAGCACUCGACUUGGUGGUGGCGCCGGAGUUAGCGGUGGGCAGCAAGCCUACAUUGGUGGUAGCGUAUCAUCACAUCAUCAAUCGCAGCAGCAGCAGCAACAACAACAACAACAGCAACAGCAGCAGCAGCAACAACAAUUACAAACACAACAAUCGUCCAACGCCGGCAAUACACUGCAAUUAUCCUCAAAUGUGGGUAAUAAUAAUCCAAUGUCGGCACAAAGCAGUGGCGGCGGCGCCGGUGCACAUCAUGGUCAGCGUGGUGAAGGUGUCCAUCAUGGUGGCGGUUCAAGUUACAAUUCACAUCGCGACGAACAUCGAGGCGGAUACAAAGGCAAUAAUUACAAUCCACACUACAAUAGCGGUGGUGGAAUGGGCCAUCACUCGCAACAUUCGGGUGCAUCACAUCAUCACCAUCAUAGUGGCGGCGGCCCAUCACAACAGCACCAUCAUCACCAUUCAUCGUCGCAUCAUACAGGCUCAACGCAUCAUUAUCACCAUCAUCGCCACGAAGUAGGUGGUGGCGGUGGUGGUGGUAACGGUGGUAAUGGUGGCCUAAGUGGAGGUGGCACGAAUGGUGCUCAUGGCAUAAGCGAUCGCAGUGGCGGUCAUGGACAUCACGGUCAACAGCAGCAACAGCAACAUGUGCCGCCACCACAACCACCACAAUUCGAUUUAGAAGCAGCAGCUUUUCCGCCACUGCCAGCGACUUCGUCGUCCACAGCUUCCUCCUCGUUAGCGUCUACCGGUGCGGCUUCAUCAAAUAGUAACGGUAGCACCAACAACAAUAAUGUUGCGGUGUCUAGUACCAAGCAAUCUACGAAUUCGACACCACAUCAUCAACAACAGCAACAAUCUCUUCAGCAGCAGCAACAACAACAACCACAGCAACAGCAACCACCGCUGCAGUCUUUUGGCGGUGGCGGAAAUGACGGAAGUAUAAGUGGCAGCGUAGAUGUCCAGAUGCAAAAGACAAGCUACCUGCAGCAGCAACCCCAAAUACAGCAACACAAUCAGUGUUUAAGCCCUUCUAUUGCUGUACAACAAUCUAAUAGUUCCUCAACGACGGUAACUGGUGUAUCAGCGAGUGUCAGUGGUGGUAGCGGCAGCAUUGGCGGCAUUGGCAGUAGCCACCAAAACCACAGCAGCGCCAGUGCUGUCGCCAACAACAGUGGCUGGUCCAAUGAGAACCGUUUGGCAGAUGUUGUGCGUUCUGGCGCGAGCAUCGGUGGUAAUGGGAAGAUUAAAUCUCGCAAAGAUUCCGCCCACAAUAACAAACAACAACAACAAAACUAUCAACAACGUAAUACAGGUGCUUGUACCACCAUCAGUCCCACCACCACAACGUCCAUCGCCGCUACAGAAGGUGCUUUUCCAGCUGAUGAACCAAAUACUCCAUUAGCAGCUACAACAAAGCCAAACAUUAAGUCCUCGACAUUGCAUAAACAAAAUUCAAACGCUAAUACAAACUACACAACCACCGCCUCCUCAUCCAACAACACUGUGAUAAAGUGUCCAACACAAUCCAAACAAACCAAUGCCUAUAGUUUGACUGGCGGCAAUACAUCAUUCGACAGUAAUACUGUUGACCACCUUAAACGGAAUAACCGUAAAUUUAGUGGUGAAAAACCCAUAAACAAGACUGAGGAUCUGUCUGCUUCCGCGGCAACACAAGAAGCAGGAUGUAAACAACAGCAGCAACAUGCUGCCAACGAUAACAAUGGCAGCAAUGAGCUGCAUCAGCAACACAAUCAUCGCGGUAGUGGCAGCAGCGGCCCAAACUCCACAUCGGGCGGUAUCAUCAAAAGCGCUAAUGCAGUGCUUUCACCAACAUCAGCUACAGCCAGUACGCUCAGCGGCAGUGGCGUUGGCGGAGGCGUAACUAGCAACAGCAGUGCCAGCAAUAAUGGUCAACAAGCCGUUACAUGCAGUGUUGCUACCAUGACCACAAAUUUCGCCGAUUGCAGCCUAAGUAAUCACAAGAAACCGCCUGCAGUUGCGGAUUUACUAGCCAAAAAGGCAACGCCAAAAGAUGCUACGAAGCAUAAAAAUGCUUCCACAUCUACGAACACUGCUUCAAUUGAAAACAUUGCGGCAGCACAGACGGCCAUACCAAUUGCGAAUGCUACAAGUACGACAAAUAAUAACAGUUCACGUUUAAGCUAUGCGCAAGUGGCUCAACAUCACAAGGAACGCGCCGUCGCCGAUGGUGGCAGCAAGAGUUCUGAGAAUUCUGCUUCAGGCAAUGCCUCACCUGUGGCUGUGCCCAAUAAAAGCGAACUGUCAACUUCAACGCUGAGCAUUAAUAAAUAUGAGACUCCUAAUAGCAUUAGUGGAGCAGCGGCAGGUGUAGUCAGUGCUGUUAUUGUGGCGGCGACAGCGACAACAACAGUGGCGGCAAUGCCUUCUUCAUCAGCAACAGCUGCUGCUGCAUUGCAGUAUGUAGAAAAACAAAGUGAAAAACCGUUAGGCUUUGAUAAGCAACGUGGCGCAACGACUGUUGGCCAAGCGCUGACGAGUGCAGCCGCCGGCACCACUGUUGCAGGCAACAAUAGCGGCAGUGGCGGUGGUGGCAACAACACAGGUGCUGUGAUUAACAGCGGAAGUAAUGUGGUGACAUUACGUGCUGAAAUUUCCAAAGAUAAAGAUGCUUUACGCGAGAAUCGCCAAAGCACCGGCAGCAAUAAUAGCGGAAGCAGUGGCUUCAGUAGUAGCGGGGCCGUCAGCAAUAAUGCGGCGACCCAAUCCACUCUAACGACGAGUGCACGCAAUCGCAUCAACGAAGGCAAAGAGAAGAAUGUGCGUGAACGACACGACACUGCCGAAAGCAGCAGUAGCGGGCGAAAGUCGGGACGUAAUUAAUCUUCAGUUGUGAUGUUCACCAAAGGAACUGAACUAUUUCGCUUAGAAACAGCAUUUCACACACUUACAUAAUAUACACAACUGCUUAGACACAUACACUCUUUUGCAAAGUGCCGAAAUUAAGAACACAUAUAUGCAACAAAUGUAGAAUAGAAAGACAUACAAAGAAUUUUCGGUAUUGUCUACGUAUGUAACAGCAGGAAUUUAACGCGUACACAAACUAUCUGAUCGUUAUAUUAGGAGGCCCUAAAGCAAUUUAUACAUACGAAGGCAAACACUAACCAAAAUUCUUCGACUUUCUUCAACAGCGACAAAAGUUGAUAUAAAUUUGUGAGAGGUGGAGUUUUCGCAAAAUUUUGUGUGUGAAACUAUUUGAAUUUGAAUCGUGAACAUUUGCAACGCUUCGAAAUUAUUGUGUUCCAUUAAAAUACUGUUUGGCCCUCAAAACACAAAGCUACUUACUAUCACUUUAAGUGGACACACUUGAAUGCCAAACAUGCAAUUGAGCUGCUAAUACUAAACAACAACAAACAAUUAUAGCUGCAAAUAGUUUGCGCAGCUAUAAAUAAAUACAUUAAACACGAACAGAAACCACUUGUAUAUGCUACGCUCCGCCAGAAUUGCUGCUGCAACAAGUCUACUAAUUUAAUAAUACUGUACAACAAUUGUUUUGUAUGAUAUUAAUUAUUCACCAAAAUAAUUGCAAUAAGAAUAGAACUAACGUUGUGGAACAACAUUAUACAGAAAUAUGCUGUUUUAGUUACGUAAAGACGAAUCGCAUACAAUUCGAGGGAUAUGUAUAGAAAGGAUUAGUCAGAAAUUAUUCUUAUUAUUAUAAAUAUAAUAAUAAAUAUAACAAAACUUAACCUUAGUUAUUAAGCAAUUGAUAAACGAAAUGUCAAAAUGUCAAACGCAAAUGCAAACGCGUGGCAAACACGAAACGAUGUGCGUUAUUUUUGUAUAUAGGGCAGUUAAUUUAAUUUGUCAAUAUAAUAAUGAUUACAUAGAUAUUUAUGUUCACGUACGCAUUACAGUUAAAAGUAAUGCAUAUAUGUAUGUGUGCAAAUAUACUGAUUGAACACUAAAUAUUUACAUAGAAUAUAUAUUGGAUGCAAACACACAUACACAUACACCCAAAUGACUGUGUAAAAUUUUAUAAAGGGUUUGCUAUAGAACGGUACGCGAAAAACACAAACGAUAUUAUAUAUUAAAUUUGUAGUUAGGCAUAUUACAGUGAAUAUUAAAAUACGACAAUUUAACGAUAUGAUAUAUAUGAGUGAAUCGAGUGGACUUAUGUUUUAAUUUUUUUUUCUUUUCUAAUUUUGUUACAUUUGAAAGCAAAGUAAAUGAAAAUUAAUUAUAUUAAGGGAUAAAGGGAAUGUUGUUUCAAAGGCCAUAACAAAAUAUAUGUUUUAGUUGAGGAAAUUUAUUAUGUUGUCUUCAAAGCGCAAGCAAAAUGACACUUUCGACCAUCGGAUAAGAAAUUAAUUUUAUCUGAAUUAAUGAUGAAAGGAGAUUAUUUAUAAAAUUGGAAAUUAAUGAAAUAGUUUUCACUGUUGAACAAUGUAAUUUUGGUUAAGUUAAUUAAUUUUCGGUCAUCAUCUCCGGUAGGCAUAACAGCUAAAUAAUUAAAAAAAAGGGCCAGCAUUUGUUUGAAUGUUUUACUUUGCUUAGUUACAGAAGCAAUGGGUUGAUGGUAGUUGCAGUGAUAUGUUAGAUAGCGCUGAAUUUGAAAACAACUUUAAGUCAAGGACUAUCCUUAAAACAUUGUUUUAGUUCUAACAACAUCAAACAUUCCCAUACAGUUUUGGGAAUGCUGCUAAGUGACAGUCCUUAGCUGGGAAUAGAUCCAAGCCGUUCGAUUUGCGUAUGUCGCAAGGUCAUCGUUAGCGUUUAUUAUACGUUGUAUCACGUAUUAUAUUGUUAUUAUAUUUUUAAUUUAGUUUAACUUAUUUUAUGCCUUAAAAAUCCAAUGUACAUACUUAACGAGUUAAAGCGUAAAAACGAUUAAAUAACUAAUAUUGUAGUCCUUUAGGUAACUCAUUGAGCAACACAAAUUUAGGCGAAGUCACUAAUUACAAAACGUAUAAAUUACAUAAUCGAAUGUGCCAUAAUAUAUUAUGCGAAAGAGUGAGUGUGCAAAUGCAAAGAAUUAAGUGUUAAGAAAAACAAAUGACAAACUUUAGUGACGGUUUUAGUACAUUAUUUUAUGACAACUUUUGAACUUUUAGUUUUGUAAAUAUUAAAAUGUUAAGCGGCCAUUUCACUUGCACAUAAGCUUGACUUUUAGCUGUUAGAAAAGUUUUUGUUGCAUUAAUUUGGCUAAUGGCCACACCUAUCAAGCAAACGUAAUUUUUUUAUUCCAAGGUUUCAAGCGAAUUCUUAUUUGCCUCUCAACGAAAGAGAUAUUUUAAACAAAAGAGUUAAAAUAUUUUCAGCAUUUGUGACAAUGUUCAAGUAAUAAUUUGACCCUACUUUUCUUUACUUAAAUUACUUUAAAUCAUUUAAAUUAUAACAACGCCUCUGUUUUCGUAAAUGAGGAAUUUUGUGUUUAAAAACGUUAUAAAUAUUGUGAAUUAGAAAUCUCAUAGGUUCAAAUUAUAUACAAAUUACUUAUAAGUCACUGUAGAUCACAUACAAAAUUUAUUUUUAUUUUGUUUAAUGAAUUUUCGCUCUUUCUGUAUAGAUUGUUGCGCUAAAUAUUUGGCUUCAUUGAAUAAUUUCUAUUGAUCUUGAUUAAAAAAACGUUGAUACUUCUAUUGAUUUCAUUGCAAAGACUUUGUCUGUCUGUGUUAGGUUGUGUUUAAAUAUGGAUUUAUAACAAUAUUAAAUCGCUAGAAAUUAGUAUUAAUUUUAAAUAUUGUUUAAAAAAAUUGAAUUCUCUCGCUAUUAUAUUACAUUUGCGUUUUUAUCUUGGUUACAUUUUUACUUAAACUAUUGAAACUAUUAAUGAAUUUCGCUUAUUGUUUAUUAUUAUUAUUAUUUGCAUUAAGUUUGUAAAUUUAAGUUGUUAAAACAAAUAUUAUCGUUAAGUCAUUGAAUUUUAAUAUUAUUAUAUUUAUUAUACACCAUUAUUCUUAAAUAUUGGAUUUGUUGGAAGUUGGGGUUAGGGUAUAUAUUUUUAAUCGUACUUUAAAGAAACUUUUCUCAACAUAUAAUUCUUAGUUGAACGCUUUGACGUUGAGACAUAGUAGACAAAUUCAUAUGCGAUACGAGCUCAAACUGUAGCUGACAACUUUGCUUGCUUAUUCUGUAUUUAUUUGUGACUUAUUGUACUCACGCCAAGGACUUUCUAACGCGAGGGCAAAGUUUAAGUACAUUUUCAUUUCUUUACUCAUUACAAAUUCAGAACAAAGCAUGAUUUAGUCAUAUCAUUUAUAUAUUACAUAACUUUAACUGUAUAGCCAUGUGCAUAUGUAUGUAAUCAAUUGAAUAAGUGGAAUAAAUUAAGUGGAGUUUAAUACAUAAAUAUUAUAAGAGUACGAAUAUCUAUGUACAAUUCACAAACGAAGCAUCGAAAUUUAGUUGAUCAUUAUUUAAAGAUUAAAUAUUUUUUUGGUUGUGCAUACAUAAGACAUGAAAUUACCGCGAUAACAUAUAACAAUAUAAUGAAUUGCAAAUCUGUUGUUAGUACUAGAAAAAGUUCGCAUACAUACAUAUGCAUAUGCACAUACUUACAUAUAUGUAUAAGCUAGAGGCGUGUAUAAAAGAUGUUGCAUUCAUCCAUAGUUAUAUAAUAUAUGACAUAUGAAUGUAUAUGCAUAAUAUACGAGUAUCUCUGAUUGAAAUGACGUCACUGUGCGUGUUAGUGUGUAUGUGUGUUUUGUGCCAAAUCACAAAUGUGGUUUUCACGAUAAUGACGAUAAUGUCUACUCUAAGCUUAAACGGAAGAUGCAGAUAUUUAAGCCGCAAACAAACAAUAUAUAUUAUAAAUCCAUACAUAUAUUUAUAAAAACACAAAAUUGAAAUUAAAUUUGUUCCAAUAUGAACAUAAAUUAUUUUGUAGUUGAUAAGUUAAAUUGUACUCGUAUAUUAUACAAUAAGUUGACUAAUUUAUAUAAGUAUUGUAUGUACAUAUACACGUACAUGUAUGUUAUGUACAUAAAUAUUAUAUAUGUAUUUACCAGCUAAUUAUAUGCAUGCAUACAAGUAUAAUUCAUUUAUACAUGUGCAUAACAAGUGAAAUGUAAUUGGACAAGCAUUGAAACAAAAUCAACUAAAUGAAAAUAUAUGUGCUUGCAGCUGUAACAUGCAUACACACAUACAUAUACACAUAUGUAGUAUAUAAUUGAGCAAAAACUAAUUAAAAUUUUUUUUUGUUUUUUUUUCUUUCUAUACACCGAAAAACUGACACAUACACUUAAUCAGAAACAUGUAACCGUUUUUAAUACACCGAUAUAUGUAUAAACACGUAAAUUUAGUUCUAAAACAUUCAAACAUACAAUAACUAGAAAUACAUUCAUUUGCAUUGCCACGCAAAUUGGCUGAAAACAAUUUUUGUUAUGUUUGUUUCUUGUUUUGUUUUCUUCUUAAAUGUACCUUAACUAAGUGUACAAUGAACAAAGUACAUGCAUAAGUUAAAUCUGAUAAGGAAGCAAAAGCUUGUAGUCGUUUGUUCAAACAAAUUGAUUGAAAAGAAAGCAUAAAAGAAAGAAAAGAUGAAGAAGUGUGCUGCCAAGCAGAGAGGUGUAAAUGUAAAUCGGCGUGGAAUUAGAGUGUUGUUGUGGCCUGAAAUGAAAAACUUGUAAGAAACUAUUGGUUAUUAUAUGCUUGAAUAUAAUUUGUUUGAUUAGUUGAAGCGCUUCUUAUUAUUGCAGCAACUGUAUAGAUAUGAAUACGAAUACCUUAAAUGCACUUUUGUAAACCCAACUAUGUACUAUGUUAAAUAAUAUUGAUGUAUUUCUAUAAUAGUAACUCUAUUCUCACCAAAAGCAAUGUACGUACCUAUGUGCAUAUGUGCAUAUGUAUAUUUAUUAUUUUUAUUUUCUUCCAUUCCAUUUUGUUUUUUGUUUUGAAUAAUAUUUUUACUAAAACUCACGCACAUACUCAUAUAUAGAACGAAAGCAUUAUUAAUAAAUAACGGAAUUUAAAUAACGGAUUUUGAAAAAACUGAAAAGAAAAAAAGGUUGAUAAUUGAACACUUAUACUCGUGCUACUGCAGUUGUUAUUUAAGUUAAUAAAGCGUUUGCAUAAGUUGAUUGCCAACUCAACUAUA